AUGGUGCACGCGAUCGCCUACUGGAAACCAACGAAAGAGGACAACAAGAACCAAGCGUCUUCUUCUCAAUUCGAGUCCAUCAAUUUCCCGCCGUCCGCGUACGUGCGGUUUAACAGUCACUUGCUCUCCAGAUUGAAUCGAUUGGACGACGGGGAAAACGAAACCAACACGAGAGCGAGCGUCACUUUGUAUAAACGAAACGAAGCGAAUAAGGGCGGUCCUUUCGUGGUCGGCUUGACCGAUGCAGAGCGAGAAAGGAUUCGGGAACAGUUUUACGUGGUGGAAGUGUUUGAGUCUUCGAAGAGCAAAAAGUUUGUGUUCGCGAAGAAGAAGACGAACGAACGAGAAUACAUCGAGGAACUUAAAAGUGUGAAUCCAACGGAGUACGCGAGAGAUAGCGGGAGUCGAUUUCACGAGGUACAAUUCGUGAGGAAGUUCGUGUGUAAAGAGACGACGGCGAUCGACGACGAGGAGGACGUCGACGACGCGUUUUCGCCGACAGAUACGAAGACAAAGAAGAAGCGUAAGAAGCGGCGGUAUACGGUGCGAGUAGGACGCGUGGAAGACGCCAAAGCCGGGUCGAGGAUGGUGUGCGGAAGCGUCGUGGAGGUGAGCAGGUUAGAUUGUGUGGGCGUCGGCGACGGGAAGCAGGAGCAGGAGGACGACGACGGCGGAGAAGGCGCCGCGCGGACCACGAAAAGGAAACGAACGCCGCCUCGAAGCGAAAAAGACGCAGAAACGGACAAAAAGAAGCUCCUUCGAGUUCUCGAGAAAAUCACGGCGACCGCGGAAGGGAUUCUCGCCGACGAGAGAAAAGAAAGCGCAAAGACGGCGAAAGCGGCGAAAGUAGGAGGAGGAGGAGGAGGAGGAGAAGACGACGACGACGACGAGAAAGCGACAAAAAAAGAAGAGGGGAAAAAGACGGGUGAGUUCGUGGACGCCACCGCGAAGUGGACCUUGCUACUCGACCAAAACGACAGUGGUGAGGAGACGACGACGACGGCAUCGUCGGGGUUUGACGUCCACCCGGCGGCAAUGUACUGCGCGUUAGUCGCUUCCGCGUUUGAAUAG